AAAGGCAGCACCCACGAAAUGAAAUGGAAAAACACUCAAAAGAAUCUGGAGCGGAUGGACGACAUGUACAACACCACAUUUUCGGCGUGGGUCCAAGCUGAAGAAAAUGCAUUGACAACAGCAACACAUUUGAAACGUCUCGCCUAUGAAUACUCGCUCGACCGACUCAUACAUGCUAUCAAGUGGAUAAUUACCGAUUGGCGCUUACAGAACAUUGCCACAUUGAUCAAACAUGUGAUUAGCGACUGGGAUUCUGAUAACGGCAAGUAUUCCAUGCAUCAUUGA